UUUCUCAUUCAGAAAGCAGGUGAACAGCAAGCAACACUGUUUUCUUAUUUUAAAAACGCGCGAAAAUGGUGCAUCCGCGAGAGAUUUAUUAUCGGUUAAUAAAAAUAUUAUUUAUUAUUGCGUUAUCGGGAUCUACAGAAGGAAUUACCGUGAGUCCGUCUUUGUGUCCUACAAAUAAAAUUGCACCUCACAGACGAGUGCUGACAGCUGGGUACGGCACUCAGCGAACUUUUGGUGCUUUCUAUGAUUUAUUGGUGCCGGAUAAUUUUCAAUCAAACCGUCCUAAUCUUCAAGAAGAUCCUUUAAAUGAUCCAGAAGACUGCGGAGAAAUAGUGGAUUAUGACGAAAAUGAUGUUGGCUCAGCAACAACAGAAUCUGGCAGGAGACAUAGCAGCGACAAUAGAUUCUUUUUGGGGAACUUCUUUUCCUUUUUGCGACCACCACCCGAUGGCUACCCUUCAGUUUUUCAACCUGGUAGACCAGGUCGACCAACACGACCACCGUACGGCUCUGGCGGAUACUUUAGUGGUAAUUAUUAUCAUCCACCAUCACCUAUACGGCCAUCAGAUUACGUGAAACCUGUUCAUGAAGAUGCUCAAGAAACUACCGCGGUGUACCGACCCGGCGUGGUAGGGGCUCCGCUCGGACAUGUGGUAGGGGUCACGCAAGUCAGGCCUACCAACAGACCGCCAGAAACAACAUCAAAGCUCAACUCCAAGUAUAUAAAUAACAUACAAUUCUCGACGCUACCUCAACGAAAUUCGAACAGGCGUCCUCGCGAUAGAAUUAUAAACUAUGCUCACAACAGUAAUGGUGUAUUUGGCUCAUUCCUAGAUUUAUUAUUUAAAUAA